GAUAACUGUAUUAUUUGUAUGAUAAACAAUCGGAAUCAAUAUUACUAUGAUUUUAAUAUAAUAUUUAAAAAAGUUUUGAAAUUGUAUAUAGACAUUAAAAACAAUUUUACACUUAAAACAAAGUGCUAAUUAUCUAAUUUAAUAUGACUUCUAUUAUAAAACUUCAAGCUUUGUCAGGAGCCAAAGAUGAAUCUCCCCCAUGCUAUAUUCUUCAAAUUGAUGAAGUGCGAAUACUUUUAGAUUGUGGGUGGGACGAAAAAUUUGACAUGGAAUUUAUUAAGGAAAUAAAAAGGCAUGUUCAUACUAUUGAUGCUGUAUUACUGUCUUAUCCAGACAUAUAUCAUUUGGGAGCACUUCCGUAUGUAGUUGGAAAACUGGGUUUAAAUUGCCCAAUUUAUGCCACUAUACCUGUAUACAAAAUGGGACAGAUGUUUAUGUAUGAUUUAUAUCAAUCUCAGUAUAAUAUGAAAGAGUUUUGUAUUUUUUCACUGGAUGAUGUUGAUGCUACAUUUGAAAAAAUUAUUCAAUUAAAAUAUAAUCAAAAUGUACCAUUAAAAGGUAAAGGUUAUGGUUUAACAAUUACACCCUUACCAGCUGGUCAUAUGAUUGGAGGUACAAUAUGGAAAAUAAUGAAAAUGGAAGAAGAUAUAAUAUAUUGUAAUGAUUUCAAUCAUAAAAAAGAGCGACAUUUAAAUGGUUGUGAGCUCGAUAGACUGCAAAAACCUUCCUUACUUAUUACCGAUGCAUUUAAUGCUACUUAUCAACAAGCCAGAAGAAGGGCUAGAGAUGAAAAACUAAUGACUAAUAUUCUUCAAACUCUUCGUAACAAUGGUAACGUACUUAUAGCAGUAGACACGGCAGGCAGGGUUCUGGAGUUGGCUCACAUGUUGGAUCAGCUAUGGCGUAACAAAGAAUCUGGCCUGUUGGCUUACUCCUUAGCGUUCUUAAACAAUGUCAGUUAUAACGUUAUAGAAUUUGCCAAAUCCCAAAUAGAAUGGAUGAGUGAUAAAUUAAUGAGAAGUUUUGAAGGCGCCAGAAAUAAUCCCUUUCAAUUUAAGCACUUACAGUGGUGUCACAGUUUAGCAGAAUUAAGUAAAGUUCCUAGUCCAAAGGUUGUUCUUGCAAGUUCACCCGAUUUGGAAAGUGGAUUCUCCAGAGAAUUGUUCUUGCAGUGGUGUUCUAAUUCCAACAACAGUAUUAUAUUAACAACAAGAACUUCGCCUGGUACUUUAGCUAGAGACUUAAUUGAUAACGGAGCAGAAAGAAAUAUAGAUUUAACGGUAGAAAGGCGAGUAAAACUCGAAGGUGUAGAACUUGAAGAAUAUGAAAAACGACAACGAGCGCGAGGUUACAAUGUAGAAAAGGAAGAUGCAGAUUCGGACUCUGAUUCUGACAUAGAAAUGUCUGUUAUAACCAAAGGUAGACACGACAUAGUUAUUAAACAAGAGGGAAAAAUAAAUGCCGGGUUCUUUAAGGUCACGAAAAAAAUGUACCCCAUGUAUCCUUUCCAUGAAGAAAAAAUUAAGAGCGAUGAAUAUGGAGAAAUUAUAAAACCUGAAAAUUACAAAUUGGCAGAUGUGACUGGAGAAGGAGAAGACAAUAAAGAAAAUGUAUUGAUAAAAAAGGAAGUAGAGGAAGAAAUCACUGAAAUACAUGAACAGCCAACAAAAUGCAUAGUACUUCAGAGAACUGUACAAGUUAAUUGUCAAGUACAUUACAUCGAUUUUGAGGGUCGCUCUGAUGGAGAAUCCCUUAUGAAAAUUUUAUCGCAGCUCAAACCUCGAAGAGUAAUAGUCGUUAGAGGUACCGAGGAAAAUACAUCUGUCAUAGCAAAACAUUGUGAAGGUAUAAAAGCCAGAGUUUUUACGCCAUCUCGAGGAGAAAUUGUUGAUGCUACAAGCGAAACACAUAUUUACCAAGUUAGGUUAACAGAUGCACUAGUCUCACAGUUAAGCUUCCAAAAAGCCAAAGAAGCAGAGGUAGCUUGGAUUACAGCGAACGUAGUUCUUAAAGAGAGUCAAGCAGACGCUAAGCGUGUUUAUGUUGAUGAUGAACCAAUGGAAGUUGAAGAUGUGGACACAAGAAUUUUGACGCUGGAACCUGUACUAGAAGGAGACUGUCAUGAUCCAGUUUUUAUAAAUGAUUUAAAAUUAUCUGAAUUUAAACAAGUUUUAGGAAGACACAACAUUACUUCAGAAUUUUCAGGCGGUGUCCUGUGGUGUUCCAAUGGAACAAUAGCCGUAAGGAAAGUGGAGUCUGGAAAGAUUAUGCUAGAAGGCUGUAUAUCUGAAGAUUAUUAUAGAGUUAAGGAUUUAUUAUAUGAGCAGUAUGCUAUAUUGUAAUUUUUAAUUAAAGAAAUUCAUUCUAUUA